AACAGCCAGUAUCAUGUCACACAGAGAUAUGUCACUUUUAAUUCAGCUACCACUACCCUACUUUCCCACAUGAUCAAAAUAUCAUGUUAUCUGAGGCUGCUAAUUAAAGGGUCGUCAUUUAAGUUUUCCUCUUUCUCUUCUAUCUAUUUAAAGACACUACUACUCCAGCAUUCAAUAUAGGCUGCAGAAAAGAGAAAGCAAUAAUAAAGGUAUAGUUGGACAAAUUUAUAUAUGUUCCUUGUAGGAAAGUUAUUAAUUAGAAGUUGAAGGCUUUUGCUGCCGCUGAUUAAUGAUCAUCAUGGCUUCAUUCAAUAAGCUGAAAGUUGCUGGUGGAUUAUUGAUCUUUGCCCUUUUAUGUUAUCUUCCAGUUACAGAUGGUGGAAAGGUUUCAAAGGAGACAAGAGGAAUGAAGUUAGGAUCAAGGCCACCAAGAUGUGAAGGAAAAUGCUUGAAUUGCAGGCCUUGCAUAGCCACUCUAAUAGCUCCAAUUCAUCAAGGCAAACUUGUCGUUUCUGCUUCUAAAGAAGAUGACACUUAUUAUCUUCUUGCAUGGAGAUGCAAAUGUGCAAAUAAAUUUUUCCAACCUUGAAAACUAUUCACGUUAUCUCUUUCUUUAUAUAUUCAUCAGGUUUUGGCUCAUACAGUUUGUUCAUAUGUCAUUAUUAGUGUCCACUCACAGACAUUGUGGAUGCGGGGCUCUCUAAAAUGCAAAAGAAUGUCUAUUAUUAUUCCCUAUUUGUAAGUGUCAUAUCAUUUAUUAGUGAUAUAAGCGAAAAUUAUAUGGCAUA